UCACUCACUCUUCGGUGUACCAGCUAGGACGUCGCCGGCCAAGGGCAUCAACGACGACUGGCAAGCACCGGAGAUGUCGGGGUCCCGAGCCGGCCGGAUCACCGACGACGAGAUCAACGAGCUCAUCUCUAAGCUCCAGUCCCUCCUCCCGGAGUCAUCCCGCCGCCGAGUCGCCGGUCAGGCAUCGGCGUCGAAGCUGCUGCAGGAGAUGUGCAAGCACAUCAGGAGCCUGCACCGGGACGUCGACGAUCUCAGCAACCGGCUGUCGGAGCUCAUGGCGACCAUGGACAGCAACAGCCCCCAGGCCGACAUCAUCCGAAGCCUCUUCCGCUCGCCCUAGCUAGAACUGGCCCUCAAUCGGAAGAAAUGGAGAUCGAGAAGCCUCUUGCAUGCAUUCAGGCACAGUGUCUGAAUGGAAGGCAAUAAUAAUGUCGUCCCUUGUUGCUUUCGGGUUUUUUUUUUUUUUUUUGAAACGAUUGUUGCUUUCGUUUAUUACCUCUCUGAUCUAUUCCGUGCAUGUCGUCGCUCGUACGUGUUGGUUUGUAGUUCAUUAAGGUUGAAGAAGCCCCUGUGUAAUAUUGCUAGUCCAAUAAUCCGUGUUC